AUGGGUCAGGGUGUCAAUGGAAAAGAACUCCAAUACAAGGGAGUACCAUUUCAUCGAAUAAUUUCUGGGUUUGUAGUACAAGGUGGUGAUAUAGCUCAUGGGGAUGGGAAGGGAACUGAAUCUAUAUACGGUGGCACCUUCCAUGAUGAGAAUUUCAAGGUCAAACAUUCAGAUGCAGGUAUUGUUUCCAUGGUGAACUCUGGACCUGAUUCAAAUGGCUCACAAUUCUUCAUAACGACAGUCAAGCUGGAUGAGGAGCAUGUUGCAUUUGGUAAAGUGAUUCAAGGGAUGGACACUGUAUAUGCAAUAGAUGGUGGAGCUGGAACUUACAACGGUAAACCCAGGAAGAAGGAAGAAGAUAAGGCAGAAGAGGUACACGAAAUUACUCACAGGAUGUUCUUGGAUGUUGAUAUUGGUGAACAACGUAUAGACAUGUGUUUUGCUUUACAACAUGCUGUAGAUUGGUAA